CAGUGCGCGCGCGAGACGAACAAAAUGCAGAGGUACUACGCGUUCAGGGCGAGGGUGCGCCCGAAGAGAAAAGUCAAGAAGGGAGAAGUGGUCUUGACGUCUGAGCCUUUCGUUUACGCCGUCGCGGGGGCGCACCGCCUCGUCUACUGUGACCAAUGUCUCGCGAGCUCGCAGAAAAAGGCCCUCUACACGUGCCCCAAAUGCCAAUUCCUCCGCUACUGCUCCAAGGACUGCGAGAGAAAAGCGUCAGACGUCCACCGCUUCGAGUGUCCUGCUUUGAAGCGAAUGGCGCCGGACUAUCCCACCGAGAGUGUGAGGUUGCUCGCUCGCCUCAUCUUCAUUCUUAGGAACGGAGGCGAGAAAAAGGUCGAAAAAUUUUCAGAAAAGGAAGGACGGAAGUUCAGGGACCUCAUGAACCACUACUCCGACAUCAAGGUCAGGAAAGACUACAUGAAUGACGUGGAGAAGAUGAUGUCAGACUUGAAGGCUUACAUCGGCGAGUCGUUUCUGCCCAACGAGUCGGAUUUCUUGGGCAUCUACGGAAGGGUGAUGGUCAACCGCUUCUGCCUCCACGACGAGGAACUGGGCAUGGUGGGCAGCGGCCUGUACCUCGCAGCCUCCAUCUUCGACCACGCCUGCAUCCCCAACUGCAGCUUCAGUUUCGAGGGCACGAAGGUUGUCAUAAGAGCGUUGACUGAUAUGGACGAUUUUUCCUAUAAUAAGUGCCGCAUCAGCUACGUCGACCCGCUGCAAGGAACCAAGGAGAGACGAGAUGAACUGUACAAAUUCUGGUUCUUUUGGUGCGACUGCAAACCCUGCCAUGACGAGGAGAGGCUGGCGAUGGAGAAUACGAUUAAAUGCGAGAACGAGCACUGCCUGUCGCCGGUCACCGUUCCCGAGGAAGCCAACGCGCCCCCCCCUACCUGUACCCGCUGCGGAGGCGCCGUCAACCCAGAAACCCUAAAGAAAUACAACGAAAUCAUCGCCUACACCAAGAAGACGAUGAAUAUUAUGUCGAGAGAAGAUAAUAGUAAGGAUUACGAAACGUGUUACGACCUGUUGGAGAGGCAAGGCAGCGUCCUCUCGUCCAUGAACAUCUGGCGGUGCAGGACGCUGGAUUUUGCCUUCAAUGCAGCUAUCAACAAUGGGUGUUUCAGCCUCGCCUUCGACUAUGGGGAUGAAAAUAAGGCCGCUAUGAGGUUCUACUACGGGCCCGACCACCCCGCGUACGGCGUGUUCCUCCUGCACCUCGCCAAGGCCAAGUUCUACAACAAGGAGUACAAGGAGGGCCUCGAGCACAUCCGCGAGGCCGAACCCAUCCUGAAGGUCGCCUACGGAGCCUCCCACCCGCUGAUCGCCGAGGAACUGAGCCGCCUCACCUACAUCGCCUACGAGGACGUGGAGUUUGCCCUCACUCGACGCCUGGAGAUGGCGCACAAGCGAGACAAGGAGGACGACCCAAGGCUGCCUUCCUCCUGAUCCUUCUAUCAAACCUCUCGUGCGAAUCAAGCCCAAAGAAGAUUAAUUUUAUUGAUAAUAUUGAUAAGAUUGGUUGCAAGAGCUUCGUGCACGCCGCUCCAACCCCCGUUUUCUUUGCAUUGGAUAUAAUAGUUUGUUUUAUUGGAAAUCUGUAUUAUAUUGGGGGCGGAAUCGUUUUUUUUUUAUUUUUUUUUUAUUAAUAGAGAAAGGAAACAAGACAAAAGAUAAGAAGAAUGAUAAUGAUAACGAAUUAUUAUGAUUAUUUUUGUGUGAUGUUACGGUAAGUAAUAUGGAAAGAAAAAUCUUCUCUGGGUUUGGUUUUAAGAAGAAAAACAAAUGUAUAUUGCCAACCUGUAUUUCCAUCGAUUAUACCCGAGAACGAAGUUUCACACACAAUGGAAAAAAACAAUAAAAGAAAAAAAAAAAGAAAGAAAAAAAAUCCUUUAAGCCCUCGAUUUUUUUUUCUUUCUUUCUUUCUUUCUUUUUUGAAUAAUCAAGACAAAAAAACAAGAAACACCGACAACGAGAGGAACAUACGAAGAGAUUUUUCGUGUAUGUGUAAACUGCAGACUUAACAUCCCUACCCCCCCCCCCCACCCCCACGCCACUAUGUGCACGCCCGCCUGUCUGUAGUUGAUCAACAGGGCUGUCUUAUGGAGUGAUAGUAAAAGUUAUAAUUAAAUCUAUUUUUACCUAAGGAUUAAGUUCUGGAAUUUGAGAAGAGAUGUUUUCUUAGAGAAAUAGAGACCUAGUUAUAUGCUAUUUAGUGUUAUGAAAUAGCGUGUUAAGAAAUAACUCUAUCUAUUGCCUUCAUAUCAACGCCUAGAGAUUCAUUCAUGAGAACCUAUUCA